AUGCGAUCUAUCACGAUGGGUCCGUCGGUACCUGAACCACUUUCUAUCCUACACACAAGACAACAGAUCAACGAGACAAUUCCAGUUCAUUAUUGGAAUCAAGAUGAGCAGUACGAGGUCUACCAAACCUCCACCCGAUCUCCGCAGUCCUACAGAUGCAUGAUCAAGUCCAUGAAGAGAAGUUAUUCAUCCCACCGAUCAAGAUGCUACAAAACCUCACAGUCCACCUUCUCUUCGUCAACUCGCGAUGUGUCAGACCUCCCUUCACUCUCCCUGAAUAAAGUCAACACAGUCGAUAGACGUGCUGAGGAGCGAACUCCCAUACACAUGCACCAGACAGAUCAAAGCUCUUCGACAAAGACAGAGCUUCAGGGCGAACUCUCUUUAUGGGCCUACCCGGCGACUCCUAUCUCUCUUCCAGCAAAUCCCAAUACGCAAUUGAUAUAUCCCAUUCUUCGUACUUCUUCCGGUAUAGCAAGAGUCACGGAGUUCCAGUGCACCUUGGCUAUGAUAGGUCUCGCCUCCAACUUAACGACUGCUCACUGA